AAGAAACGAAAACAUUUUGAAAAUGUGACAUCUGUCUGCUUUAAAGUUUGAAAAUCAAACCCAGUUGAAAUCAUUCGCUAGUAAUUGAGAAAAGUAAUUAAAUGUAAUCAAUUACAUUACGUUACAUUUACAAGGCAACUUGCAAUUCAUAACCUAUUACAUUUCCCAACACUGAUUAUAGUUUUUAUAUGAUAUUUUUAUUCUUAUAUGUUAUAUUAUGUCACAUUAUAUAUUUUAAAAGAGCUUAUGCUUCUGUUAAAAUUAAAGCUUGGGAAUGUUUAAUCCUGUGAUCUCUGGCAACCCUGGACAAAGUUCUCCCAGCUGACGAAUCAGUUACGACGAUAAAGGCUGCCUCAUGAAUAUUAAUGAGAUUGUGUCCUCUGACUUUGUGGGCGCUUUUAAAUUGCUGGGCAAUCAAAACGAUCCACACCUAGCCCCACCCCCACACCUACGUCACAACGACGCCAGCCAAUCAGGGGACACGGUCUAAAAACGCCUCGAUCUGGUAACUCCUAUUUACUUUUCUGCAGAGACAUCCCCUGCGUCCCAAAGCUCCGCCCUAAACAGCAUUGAAAAUAUCACAUAUACUAUAAUAUAAUUAUAUCACAUAUGAUUUAGAAUGGAUGGUAUUCACAAGUUGCGUGUCUGUUCACUCCAGGAAGUCUCUAGCAUCAUUUUUUUAAUAUUCACGAGCCAAAGUUUUUGCACUGAUUGACUCGAAGUGGGCGGGGUUAUCUGGCGGAGAGGCGUGGCCGUGGUAAAGUUGCCUGACCGGAUCAGAGUUUAACGCGAUUAUUCGGAGGAUGCGAUGGCAGAGAUGGCCGAUCUCUCCGUCUCCCUGUCCGUCCUGCUGGGGAUUGUAGUUCUUAGCGAAGCGGCGAGGAGAACGGCUUCGCAUCUAUUCCCAAAACGAAAGUGGACCGUCUACGCGCAGGAGCUGAUCUCCACGUUUCAGCUGUGCGCAUGCACGCACGAGUUAAAGCUGCUCGCGGAUGUGGGCGGACUGGAGCCGCGGGUCGCGCUGACGCUCACGUUCCUCGUCUCGGUGGUCCACGGACUUUCAUUCCGCGGCGCGAUCUGCAACCCGACCGGCGCUCUGGAGCAGCUCUGCCUCGGGACUCUGACGCGGCGAUGCGCGCUGACGCGGAUCUCGUGCCAGCUGAUCGCGGCGGAGGUGGCGCGGCGCGUCAUGCCGCGCGCUUGGGCGCUGACGCUCUCUGACCUGCACGCGCGGCACUCGCGGACGGGCUUUGCGUGCACGACCAGCCCCGUUAACGCGCCUCUGCCGCAGGCCGCCGCGGUGGAGCUGGGCUGCGCGUUUGUGAUGCACACGGCGGCGUUUAACGUGGAGAAGGUGGAGGAGAAAUAUCGCGUUCCUGCGAUAGCUGCUGUCAUCACUGUACUAGUCUAUGCAGGCGGUCAUCUCACUGGUGCUGUGUUUAACCCGGCCCUGGCGUUCUCCAUACAGUUCUCCUGUCCCGGGAACAGCGUGCUGGACUACAUCGUAGUGUACUGGAUCGGACCAAUACUGGGCAUGACAGGCGCUCUGCUGCUCUUUGACAAGCUGAUCCCCGCCGUUUCAGGGAAAAACGCAACUCCGGGGCGCCUGAACUCCAACGGACUCGGGACUAAAAAGAUGAAGUGAAUUACAUACUGUGAACAUACACUGUCAUUCUCCAAGCAAUAACCAGUUUCUGCAGGUUUUAAAAGGUCUUAAUUUGUCCCUCUCUAGGCCUAAAAAGGUCUUAAAUCAGAGCAAGAACGUCUUAAGUGCGUGACGUGAAUGAACAUCUUCCUCUGUAUUUUAAAAACACAUAUUUAAACGCCCUUAAAUCAGGAUAUACUUACUUAAGAUGCAAAUUCUCGGUUUCUGAGAAACCGCAGAAAAAUCUGUUAACGGGGCGUGAAAACUUUUCCGUUUGAAUUAAGUCGAUUUUUCUAGAUAAUCGUAAACUCACUUAUUUGGAUCAACUUCUCAGAAACUGAUAUGCAGCUAUCUGGCUUAUCAAAGUGCAUUCAUUUGCACUAACAAGUCCAUACCGAACCAUUCCUUCAUUAGUUUAGUCUUAAACGUGUCUUCAUAAAACCUGCAGAAACUCUGAACGACGAAACUGAAGGGCCAUUUAUGUCGUUUUUUUUUUUUUUAGGAGGUUUUCGGUGAAAUCUUAAAUGUCUUUUUUUUAUUUAUUUUUUUAAAUAAGAACGUGCACGAUUCAUCUGUAAAGACGGACAUAAAGCUGCAGCAACAUUCAUAAAAAGCACAAGAAUCAACUGGAAAUUCAACUUUUUUUAUAAGUUAAAUCACAUUUUAACAUUCCUGUAAUAAGAGACCUGAAGUGUUCGAAUACUACUUGGUGUUACGUUCUACUAGCGAUGGUUCUUAUCUAGUGAUAGGUAGAUGUUAUAAUAGUACUAGUAAUCUUAAGCACAGUUUUGCAGUGCCUUUGGAUAAUUCUGGGUAAAAUAACCUGGAAAGACCAGACUGGAUUGAAUGCAGCGAAUGCAGAAUGUAUUAUAAUAUGGGAUAAAAACACACUCACGUAUGAGGAAUCGAACAAAGCAGUGUGCUUGUAAAUAAACUUUACAUAAAAAGCA